AUGCCUACCACCGCAUCUUCACCAUCCUUCGAUGCCACGGCGUCACCCUCUCCGGCCGUUUCGUCCCCUCCACAACUUCUUCCUCCUUCUCCCACCGACGCCAAUCCCAUUUCUCCCGCCCCACCUCUGCGCAAAUCCACCCGAUCUAUCAAACCCCCUCCCCACUUCAAGGACUACCAAGCCCACCAUGCCGCCCUGCUUGCUCCAGGAGUUCCUUCCCCCAUCACGUCAGGUACUCGCUACCCCAUCACUCGGUAUGUCACUCAUUCUAAUUUUUCGGAACCUCAUCGUUUUUUUGUCAACAAUAUCUCCCAAUUGGUUGAACCUAACACUUAUGAGGAGGCCUGUCACAACCCCCACUGGGUUGAGGCUAUGAACUCCGAAAUUGCAGCUCUGGAAGAGAACCACACUUGGUCGUUAGUUCCGUUACCGGCUGGCCAACGUCCGAUUGGGUGCAAAUGGGUUUUCAAACUCAAGUACACUUCCGAUGGUACCCUGGAGAGAUACAAAGCUCGUUUGGUCGCCAAAGGGUUCACCCAGCGUGAAGGCAUCGAUUAUACUGAGACCUUUGCCCCUGUUGCUAAACUUAUCAUUGUCCAUUGUCUCCUCACUGUUGCCUCUGUUCACAAUUGGCCGCUUCAUCAGAUGGACGUACACAACGCUUUCCUUCAUGGCGACCUCCAUGAAGAGGUCUACAUGCUUCCACCGCCCGGUUAUCAACGACAGGGGGAGCACACUGUGUGUCGUCUCCACAAAUCCUUAUAUGGUCUUAAACAGGCAUCUCGAAGCUGGUUUCGUAAGUUUUCCUCUGCUAUACAAAAUAUUGGUUUUUCUCAAUCCAGAGCAGAUUAUUCUAUGUUUACACACAAACAUGGUAAAUCCUUCACCGUUAUAUUGUUGUACGUUGAUGAUAUGAUAAUUACUGGAAAUGAUGAUGAUGCCAUACGAGACCUUAAACACUUCCUUGGCACUUGUUUCAAAAUCAAAGAUCUUGGACCUUUAAAGUAUUUUCUUGGAGUUGAAAUUGCACGGUCCAAAUCUGGGAUUUCUUUUUGUCAACGGAAGUAUACACUGGAUAUUUUGGAAGAUGCAGGUUUACUUGGUGCAAAGCCUACAAAAAUUCCUAAGGAAGCCAAUGUUGCACUCAUGCCUACAGGGAGUGACCCUCUCAAGGAUCCUACUCGCUAUCGCAGACUUGUUGGCAGGUUAAUAUAUCUUACAAUAACAAGACCCGAAAUCACAUAUGCGGUGAAUACUCUAAGUCAGUUUAUGCAUGAACCCCGAAUGCAUCAUUUUGAGACAGCACGUCGACUCCUUCACUACCUCAAAGGAGCUCCUGGCCAAGGGUUAUUAUUCCCUUCACACGGGCCCCUCCACUUGACAGCUUACUGUGACGCGGAUUGGGCACGAUGUCCUUUUACAAGGCGCUCAGUUACUGGAUACUGUAUUUUCCUUGGGAAGUCACUCAUAUCAUGGAAAAGCAAGAAGCAAGUCACUGUCUCAAGGUCAUCUGCAGAAGCUGAGUACCGCUCUAUGGCAGCCACCACUUGUGAACUCACUUGGUUGCGAUAUCUCUUACGAGACUUACAAGUGGAACACAACCAGCCAGCCACCUUACUCUGUGACAACAAAGCAGCCCUCUACAUUGCAGCCAACCCAGUGUAUCAUGAACGGACCAAGCACAUUGAAUUGGAUUGUCAUACCGUUCGUGAGAGAAUUCAAAACGGGGAGAUCAAGACAGUUCAUGUGCAAACCAAACAUCAAGUUGCAGAUAUUUUCACUAAGCCGUUACCUGCCCCCUUGUUCCAAUCCCAUCUUGGCAAGUUGGGUGUAAUUGAUAUUCACACUCCAACUUGA